CUUGGGUUGGGAAUAAAGCGACGUAAAUAAACCCGAAUGCCCCGCGAGUGGUGUUGAGUGUUGACGUGAAGCAGCUUUAGGGGACUGGAGAGCCCUCAGGCUUGAUCGUCACCAAGGAUUCUUAGAUAUUUCUUGAUUGUCAAAACCUAAGAAUAGAAUGAAGCACCAUUGAUUAUUAUAGUGAGUGUCCAUUGCAAGCUAAAGAGAGUGGCUCUCCACUCUCUAUAUAACCUUUAUCAGUGGUUGUUUGGGGAAUAGGAAGUCCACCAGAAGUACUUAAACAGAGACACAUUGAAUAACUCAAGGAUUUGAUGAUCUGUAAGCAGAAUGUUGAAGAAGAAACAAACUUGUAUAAAUAAUGGAGCAAGUCAUUGGUGAGCAGCAUUGAGGGAAGACCAGAUCAGAAUAUCCGUAAUUUUUUGUCCUACCCUGACAUCACCAUCACUGCUUAGGAAAGGGAGAGAAAGAGAGGCCAGCAGGAAGCAUUGCCACUAAGGAUGAGCUGCACCACGGGUCACUGGGGGGAGGAGAUGGAGCAGCAGCGGGGUGGGGGAGAAGACUGGGGUCUUAGUGCAGCAGACAUGGAGGACCUGCUUACCCCACAGCCACCUGACCCCACCCCACCAGCCCUCCAUCAGCCCUCACCUGAGGAAACGCCUUCCUUUCAGAUUCUGCCAGCUGAAUUGUGUCGUACAGACCCACUAGUGCUUCAGACCAUCCGCCUGCUGCAGCACCAGCGCCAGGUGGCUCAGCUCAUUGCCCGAGCGCAAACUGUUGGUGUGGACAGCACUAGCCUCCCAUCCUGCCCACCCCCUCCAGAGGACCUUGUUCUCAAUCGCAAAACUACCAAGCCACAUUUCCUCAACUUUCUCCCUCCGGAACACACGCCAUUCACCACAGGCAAGACUCAGCAACACAUCCUGGAGGUGGAGGGCAGCACAGCACGUCUCAUCUUACGCAAGGCAGUGGCCACUAUCUGUGCCCACACAGGGUACACAGACACUUCAGAGAGUGUGUUGCGGCUGCUGACAGAUGUGACACAUGAAUUUCUCACUAAGAUCACUCGUAUGCUGCGUGCCAACACUGACAAUCUUCUCCUGACAGACCGCUGCCCUUUCCAUGAUGUGGUGGAGAAGACUCUGCAUGAUGUUGGCAUGGGCAGCAUGAGUGAGCUGCACCAAAUGUACCGUGACAGAGUAAUGCUUUAUCAUGCCAAAGUGCGACAAGAGACUUUGCAGCUCUACCACCAUUAUGUUACCCUGUCUCAGAACAGGGAAGCAGCUAACACCCCAGGGUCACGGAGGGAGAGCAUUGGAGACUGGUGGAUGGACGAGUGUGGCAGCCAGCAGGGAGCUGGCCAGGGACCAGGGAUGGAAGAGGCCUCAGUACCUUCCAUCAAGAGCACCUCCAGUCUAGACCCUGAGCUCUCCCUACAUCCAUUUUCUGUUCUCAGCCAAGCUGGUGGUGAUGGAGAAGAGCCAGUGGUGCAGAACUCUCCCGCCACUUCCCAGACUUUUCCUGUUUACCCACUCACUCCCCGUUAGCCUUUCCAUUUCUUUUGGUGCCAGAAUAGAUAUGACCAACCAAAAAAUCAUUCUGACCUUGAUGCACACUGGGGGGCCUAACUGCUAUUGUCUCAUGGUUGCAUGCUACUAAUGACGGAGCUGAAAAGGGUUUUAUGGAUCAAUUUAUCAGUGUUUUCAUGGUUGCUCUAAAACUGGACAUUAUAGAUCUCCCUCAGCCUUCCAAAUGCUCCAAAGAAUCUUCAGUGCUUUUAUUCCCUCUAGAAUGAUGUGCCACUUUUCAUACUGUAUACUGUUAAGUUUAUAAUAAAUAAUAUAAAGAGU